AAUUCAACCGUUUUGGCGAGUUCGCACCAUCAAAGGUUCGACCUAACCUCUUAUUGCCACCCUUGGCAGUAGUUGAGCUCGCUCCUUUUAUCAUCCCUUUCUCCCCCCUUUGCUUGACAAUUUCUCCAGUCCUCUCGUUUGUUCUGCAUUAAGUCCUGCUUGUCUACAACUGCAUUGUACGCAGGACCUGCAUUGUCGCAUCUUCGCAAAACGCCACCCUGGUACUUUGAUUCUGGUACCCCGGCUCAGCACCCAACCACCAUCAAUACAACAAUCAGAGGGGUUGGUGAGCAGUGCUGUGUUGGCAGCUUGACGGCCGAAAACAAAACUACUCGACUGCGCAUAGCAGAUACGCAUCAAAGUCUCUCCUUCUCUCCUUCCAAUUCAUAGACGCCAGAUUGCAGGUCCUCAACCAAACCGCCACCAUGAACAUCACCAAGAAGUUUGACCGCGCCUUCCAAUGGGCAGGCGAGAAGAUGGGCGCCGAAGCCAAGACAACGAUGUCUGAAGAUUUCAAAAUGCUCGAGACCGAAAUGGCACUUCGGUUUGACGGCAUGGAACGCCUCCAACGAUCCAUGAACUAUUAUAUCAAGUGGAUUGGCCGGCGAGUGGAGCCCGGUGAAGACAAGGAUAAGGGUCUCCCAGUUGGUUACCUCGGUCGCACCAUGGUUAGCCACGGAGAGGAAUUCCAGGCCGACUCUGAGUUCGGGAACAGCCUGAUAACAGUGGGCCGUGCCAACGAGAGGAUAUCGGCAAUCCAAGAAAGCUUCGUCGCCGAGGCUACCGCUUCAUGGCUGGAGACACUUGACAGGUCCCUGGCCAUGAUGAAGGAAUACCAAAAUGCACGCAAGAAGCUCGAAAGCCGUCGUCUCGCCUAUGAUGCAAGCAUCACCAAAAUUCAGAAGGCAAAGCGAGAUGAUUUCCGGCUGGAGGAAGAACUCCGUGCCGCAAAGGCCAAGUACGAGGAGUCCUCGGAGGAUGUCCUCCGGCGGAUGCAGGACAUCCAGGAUGCCGAGUCUGACAGCAUCCGGGGUCUGAACCAAUUCCUAGAUGCCGAACUUGACUACCACGAGCGAUGCGCCGAGGAGCUUCGACGUGUGCGCAACAACCUGGGCAGCGUCCAAGCCAUGGGAUCGAUGGAUGGCUAUGGAAGGGUAGACCGCCGCCCAACCGGCCGUGGGAGGUCCAACACAGGGUCGCGAGCGAACCCCUACAGCAUCUCUGAAGUCGACGAAAGGGAAUCAAGCGCACCGCCAGUCCGUAUGCCCCCUCGCGCCAACACAUCGUUCGUGGCGCCCACCAUCGGAAGAGCGAACAGCUUCCAGGGCGGAGCGAGCCUGGAGCGAGAACGUGGCGGCGGCCGCAUUUCCGGUUCCAGCACACCAAACCCGAUUCGCAGUGUCAACCAAAGCAUCCCGGACGUAGGCUCCUUGCGCGGGCAGCUACGACCGGUGAGCAAGAUCGUCACUACACGAGACGAUGUUUUUGCCGACCGAGAUUUCGACACGGCAAGCGACACGGGUAGUCCAGAAUGGGGUACCCGAAGCACGAGUCCCGAGACCAGCGUUGGCAGCCUCAGCCGUACCUCUAGUAACGCAGCGGUGAACGUCAGCGGCCUGGGUUCCCGGAAGGCGCCGCCACCUCCGCCCCCGAGCCGCUCGAAGAAACCGCCACCGCCAGUUCCGGCGAGGCGGGACACUGGCUACUGAGACUUGUCGGGUCGGAUUAGCACGUGGGGAAGGGGACGGUCAAAGAAGGAGCGGUAUGAAGUCGGGUGUCUGGCGGGCGUCUGGCGUUUUGGUCUCUGUAUCGGUAUGCUUUUCGUGGGCUGGAUCCGCGGGGUGUUUGGUCAAGUGUUUUGCUCGUGAACCUUAUUAGAGGUCUAGACAGCGUAGCCCUAUCGCCCGCAAGGCAUAACAAGUACCUGGUAAUCGAGUCACCGAUUAUACUUAUCAGUGGAAUCGGGGCACCUAGAAAGGAG